AUGGCACGUACGCCCAGUCUCAGAUCACGUCAAGACGACGACCGCGUUGACCCCGUUUCUUCACCCUCCCCCUCCUCCUCCGACAAGGAGAAUCGAACAGCUCCGGGAUCCCGAUUGCGCACCAAGAAGAGGAAGAGCGACAGUCACACCAUGCCUUCCAGCCUGCCCACACAGCCCUCAGAUCCAUCAACCAACAAGCGAAGGAGACUGGCGGAAAGAGAAUCCAACGUGGGGACCGCGAGUCAGUCCCAGUCUCAGUCUCAGCCUCGCCGGUCGCAACGGUUGAAUAUCAAGGAUAUCUACGACCCGGAUCAGGACGAGAACGAGAGGCGCCAGAUUCGAAAGCAGUUCAGAGAUCUUGCUCGAGAUCUUCAUGACUACCGGAAUGAGUAUAUGCAAGCUGGCAACCGCGGAAUCAUCGAGACCGUCAAAAAAGCGAACGAGCUUUUCGUCCAUGUCAAGCAGACAGCGGAUGCGACUGUUGACUCGCGGCUGUUGGUGAAUGCGGCAGACCUGUCAUACAAGAAGACGGCGCAACUCGUUGUGGGAGAUUCCACUGCUGGUAUCGACGUGGAUGAAUUUGUGUCGAAAUGUAUAUCCUUCAUGCGACGAGCACCGGAGGACGUGACGUCGGUCCCUCCGAGCAGUACUCAACGACGCCAGCGAGCGCGCAGGGAUGCCGAUGACAGCGAGGAGGACGAGGGGGACGCGUUGAACUGGGAUUGGCUGGGCCGGACGGCGUGUCUGCCGAACAAUGCGCGGCCCUCUGUUUCGGGCUUUUUGCUCGGUCCCUUGUCCGUGCAAAAGCGGACUCGUCAGCAGACGCAGCGCAGAGCGCGAGAGCGCAUCGAUCCGUCUCAGGCGGUACGACCGCAGGAGCUACAGGAGGAAGAUCUCGACCGGCAGGAGACGUCGAACCUGACCACUAUGUGUACGAAAAUCAACCAGUUGUUGAUACAAACACAGCGAGAGAGUCAAAGGGCCGUCAACGAGGAGCUUUCUCAGAUGGACGAAGAGCCCACAGAGGAGAUCAUCCAGGAAGUGAUGGCCAAGCACAAUAUUGCGGACGACGGAGGUGUUCCUCUCUUCCGGUUCUGCAUCAACCCGCGAUCUUUCGGCCAGAGUGUCGAGAAUCUCUUCUACGUGAGCUUCUUGGUCAGAGAUGGCACUGUGGGUGUGUCACUGGACAGUCGAGGACUGCCCACAUUACAGGCUGCAAGACCGUAUGCGCCAAAUGAAGCUCGCAGACAGGGGAUUCAAAAGCAUCAAGCGAUCUUCAGCCUCGACUUUGAAACCUGGCAUGACUUGAUUGAGGCGUAUCAGAUCACGGAGCCGAUCAUCCCGCAUCGCGAAGAGGAAGAACAGCUCCAGAACGACCGUCGGCGGGGAUGGCGUUUGUGGGCGGCCUUUGUCGUUUAUUCUAUAGAUACCCUAGUUGUGCUAAAUUUGCUGGUCGAAAGUGUCCAUAGAUGUACAGUACAGUACGUAUUAAUAAUGACAGCAUUGGGAGCAGUCAAGCAGUUCGCGUUGAGAUUGGGAUAUCAAAAGAGAUGCAGUCUGCUAAUUAGAUUACCUCUGCAAGUGAAACUUGCUUCUGGCUCCCUUGCGGUAUUCUCCCCCGUCGCCCUGACACCCGAAGUCCAAGAGACGAUCAAAUCGGAAGGAGGCAAGCUCAAGUACAUCGCGGCCCCGGAUCUGCAGCAUCACCUGUACGUCACGGCGUGGAAGCGCGCGUUCCCGGACGCCGAAGUCAUCGCGCCAGAAGGGCUGUGGGAGAAGCGCCAGAAGAACCCCGAGUUCAGGGACACGAUGCCGUUCCAGCACAUCUUCACGGCGGCCAGCAAGCGGGAUAAGAAGAUUUCCCAGGAAUUCGACGCCGAGUUCGAGGUCGAAUACGUCGACGGCCAUGGCUCGCGCGAGCUCGUGUUCUGGCACAAGCCCUCGCGCACCGUCAUCGAGGCCGAUCUGCUCUUCAACCUGCCGGCCACCGAGCAGUACUCACGAUAUGCCGGUGACUCGUCCACGAUGACGGGGAUCCUAACGCGCCUCGUCACGCCUCUCCUCUCGACGAGGCCCCCCGCGACAUGGCACAAGCGGUUUGCGUGGUAUGUCCUCUCGGCGCGCGACCGGACGGGGUUCGCAGAGUCGAUGAGGCGCAUCGACCGGUGGGAUUUUGACCGCCUGAUCCCUUGUCACGGCGAUGUGAUUGAGACGGGCGCCAAGGGGGUGUUUCGUAAUGUGUUUGAGUGGUUUCUGGAUGUUUUUUAUAUCAGAGUCGCUAAUAAUAAUACUAAUACUAAUGACAAUUUAAUGUCUAUUAUGAGACCUUCAAAAACAGUUUAA